UUGUUUCCUUCUCCUAAGGUCUCUGACACUGUUGUUGAGCCAUAUAAUGCAACGCUCUCUGUGCAUCAGCUCGUUGAAAAGGCUGACGAGUGUAUGGUUCUCGACAAUGAGGCUCUCUACGACAUCUGCUUCCAUACCCUCAAGCUUUCUAACCCCUCCUUUGGUGAUCUGAACCAUCUCAUCUCGGCUACAAUGAGUGGUGUUACAUGCUGUCUUUGUUUCCCUGGUCAACUCAACUCCGACCUUAGGAAGCUCGCUGUGAACCUGAUCCCUUUCCCAAGGCUCCACUUCUUCAUGGUGGGCUUUGUUCUGUUGACAUUGAGAGGAUCACAGCAAUACAGUGCCUUCAGUGUCCCUGAGCUGACCCAGCAGAUGUGGGAUGCGAAGAACAUGAGGUGCGCUGCUGACCCUCGUCACGGACGUUACUUAACUGCAUCCACUGUGUUCCGUGGAAAGCUGAGCACUAAGGAGGUUGAUGAGCAGAUGAUGAACAACCAGAACAAGAACUCAUCCUACUUUGUGGAAUGGAUCCCGAACAACGUCAAGUCCAGCGUCUGUGACAUUGCAACAUUAACUCUUAUAAUAUUUUUAUAAACU